AUGGCUAAGAACACUACAAUGUUGCCAUUUUUAAUGGUGCUUUUGGUGCUGUUUGAUGUAACAAUGGGAACUCAAAUUUACAGAGUUGGAGAUUACUUUGGUUGGAACAAUAGUACCAAGGUUGAUUACUCACAAUGGUCGGCGUCAAAAGAUUUUCAAGUCGGCGAUGUUCUUUCGUUCCAGUUCGAUCCCAGCAACGAUAAUGUGUUCAGAGUUUCCGCGGAGGAUUUCGCCGCCUGCCGUGCGCCGUCACCCUUCGGCCUCCCCGGCGACGGCCAAGAGUUUUACCCUCUCGACACUCCCGGUCGCUGGUUCUUCAUCUGCAGCAUUCCCGGCCGCUGUCAAUCCGGCCAAAAGCUUCAAAUCCUGGUCCAUCCAUUGGCCCCUUCAUCCCCGUCUCAGCCUUCACUUCCGACCAAUCCACCGGCCAUGGCUUUUUCCCCGGCCCCGUCUCCGAUUAAUCCGCCGGCGCCGCCUCAAAAUAAUCCGUCGCCCAGUUCCUCUCCGGCGGGUUCACCCCUUAAUGAAUCUCCGUCAAGUGGUAAACUCAGUCCUGAUCAGUCGCCGUCAAAUUCUCCCGCCGGCGAGAAUAGUGGCUCGGUUGCGGUGCCGGUGAACUUCUGGGUGGAAAUGGCGGCCGUAGCGGUCUCUGUGUUUUCCAUUGCACGACGCAACUAA